AUGACACUUUCGGAAGAUUCCUCGUAUAUAUCAGAGAAUGACUAUAAAAUAGUAAAAACAAUACUGAAAAGGCGGAACAUGUCAGAAAGAAGAAAUACAUCCAACACUUAUAAAAAAGGUCAAAGUCAUCAAAGACAUCCGCAGAAUUAUGAGAAUAAAACCUCCUUGACAACUACACUCUCUAUUCUAGACUACUAUCUCCAGACUAGCUCAUCGCCCCCUUUUGGGCACGUCAUAAUGAAUUCAUUAAUGCGAAAGUCUAGUAGAGAAAAUAGCAUAACCAAAAAAGAGGAGAUAAGAAUCUUGGAUAGAGCAGAGUAUGUUAGUGAGAAACAGCAAAAAGCCAUAUUCGGAGAACAAGCAAUCAAUGCCAGCUAUUUCAUGAAAUCUGAGUCUGAGAAAACCCCGAGACAUCUAAUGAUCCAGCUUCCAGUGAUGACCCCAGAGAUGCAACCAUUCGUAAGACUCUGGAGAAAGCGAAUCCAAAGGGCAGUGACCAUGUUCGGUAUGAACACCAACUUCCAGAUCCUUGUCAGUUACUUAGUACCGAAGGAGCUCGAACCCCUUCUCCAAGGACAUACAUCCCUAGAAGCCCUUCUGGACAUAAUCUGUCAUCACUACGAAAAGGAAGGACAAUCUCCCCUGGGCGCCAACCUCAGACAAGAGAACUUUUUAUUCAUUCGAGACUUCUACGAAGCAGUCAAACAAACAGCCAUACAUUGUCAAAUACUUCCUGUGCCAGAGGAACAAUUGCAAGGACUAAUUAUGCAAACCAUAGUGAAUGGAUUGACAGCAAAAACCUUACUUAGCUUCCCAGUAGACCCAUCUACAUCCGUACACGACUACAUAGACCGGCUAGAAAGAACCGAGCAACAGAUGGUGGCUAAGCUACAGGCGGAAUAUGAAAAACAUUAA